UGCCGGAAGAGGCCGGGCCCAGGGUCCUUUGCUGCUGCUUCCGCCACUCGCCGCCCGUCUUCCGGGUUGCUGCGGCCUUCCUCCCGGGACCAUGAGCGGCCACUCGGCGGCCUCAGGCACUGCAUCUUAUACCUGCAUCACCUGCCGUGUGGCCUUUAAGGAUGCCGAUGUCCAGCGUGCCCACUACAAGACUGACUGGCACCGGUACAACCUGAAGCGGAAGGUGGCCGAGAUGCCUCCGGUCACUGCCGAGAACUUCCAGGAGAGGGUUCUUGCCCAGAGGGUGGGACUGGAGGAGCAGAGCAAGGCCACCGCCACAUACUGCGCGUCUUGCAGCAAGCGGUUCUCCAAUUUCAACGCCUAUGAGAACCACCUCAAGUCCAAGAAGCACCUGGAGCUCGAAAAGAAAGCUGUUGAAGCAGUCAGCAAGAAGGUGGAGCUCUUGAAUGAGAAGAACCUGGAGAAAGGGCUUGCUCAAGAGAAUGUUGGCAAGGAUGCCGUGAACGCUGCUAUCCAGCAGGCCAUCAAAGGCCAGCCAUCGUCCUCACCCAAGAAGACCUCUGGGUCAGCUAGUGAUGCUGCCAGUUCUCCAGUCGCUGCAGAAAGCCGCAGCUCACAGAGGAGCCGAGAGCGACUGGAGAAGCCUCCCCGAGUCCAGUGGUUUGAGCAGCAGGUCAAGAAGCUGGCCAGGGAGUCCGAGGAGGAAGAGGACAUGGAGGAAGGUUGGGAAGACAUCGAUUCAGAUACAGGUGCAGAGUCUGAAGAAGAGCAGAUGGAAGGAGAUGGUGAGGAAGUGGGAGAGAAGGAGGCCGGGCAAGACGACCUCCGUGCUGAGGCCAUCCCAGUGACAGACUGCUUGUUCUGCUCCCACCAUUCCAGUUCCCUCAUGAAGAAUGUGGCCCACAUGACAAAGGUGCACAGCUUCUUUAUCCCAGACAUCGAAUAUCUUGUGGAUCUCAGAGGGCUGAUUAAGUACUUAGGAGAGAAGGUUGGAGUUGGAAAGGUCUGUCUCUGGUGCAACGAGAAGGGGAAAUCCUUCUACACCACAGAAUCUGUGCGGGCGCACAUGCACGACAAAAGCCACUGCAAGCUCUUCACCGAAGGAGAUGCUGCCCUGGAGUUUGCUGACUUCUAUGAUUUCAGGAGCAGCUACCCCGACUAUCAGGAAGGAGAGGAUGUGGAAAUGUCUCCAGACCCGCCAGAGAAGAAUGUAGAGUAUGAUGAUGAAUCUAUGGAGUUAAUUUUGCCAUCGGGUGCCAGGAUAGGUCACCGUUCCUUGAUGAGAUACUACAAGCAGAGAUUUGGCUCCUCACAGGUGGUGGCUGUGGGUAAAAACCAGCGGAGAGUGGGCAGACUUCUGCAGCAGUACAAAGCUCUGGGCUGGACUAGCAGCACAGGGUCAGGGCAGGCUCGUGGGCGUGACAUGCAGUACCUUCAGCAGAUGAAAGCAAAGUGGGUGCUGAAGACCAGCUUGAAGAACAACGCCACAAAGCAGAUGCAUUUCCGUGCACAAGUCCGGUUCUGAGAAGCCUUCCGGACAUGGGGGGGGGGGGGACUCGUCUUGUUCUCAUGGCAACAGAAGAGAAGGGAGUCCAGUAGUUUGUCACCAUGGCGCUGAAAUGGAGGCUGGUGCCUUUGUCAGGGGCUCUGUAUAUGCUGCUAACUCAGAAGGAGGCUUUCUAGUCCCAGACAACUCUGCCUUUCAGAUUUCAACUCAAUAAAGCCUAUGCUGAAAUGGUU